AAGUAUACAGAUGCCGCUUUUAUUAUUAUUAUUACUAUUAUUUUUAUAAGAAUUCUUGAAUUAGAAUUUUCUGAGUUCUUUAUUCUAAGAUUUUAUUAUGAGUAACACAUGAAAAUUAAAUGGAAAAAAAUUAGGCAAAUUCAUGCCCGAGAAUUUCCAUAAAAAAAGUCUAUAGACUUUUUUAUAUCAGAUAUUCCCUAACAAAAUGACAGAGUAAAAUUGCAUAAUCUUCAAUAGAAUUGGAACAAAAAACAAAUAAAAAAUGCAAAUUUUCAAAGAAAAAUUUCAAUAGAAUUCCAAUGGAAAAUGAAUGGGAUUUCUUAAAGAAAGUGCUCUGUUUUUCUAUUAAAUUUUUUCCUACAUGUAGAAAUGAGAAUGAAUCAAGAACGAAAAUAAAAACAAUUAUUAAACGUUGAUGUUGUACACUGAUCUACGUCUGAUACACAGAUAUCGUCAGACUGAUUUCUAAUCGCAUUAUUAUUCGAUAGAAUACGAGUGAAUAAAAUAUCCACUCAUUCGAUGUUUUAGCGUGGGUGAAUGAAGAGAAAAUCAAAGAUUGUUGAAUACGAUGUGAGAGAUGGGGUUGAGAUGUGCUGGUAGAAAAGAUAUCAAAUUUUUCUCAUUACGAUUGGAGGGUUGUGAAUAGUAUAUUAAGCUAGAUUGUGAUGUGUGGAUGUUACUCCAUCCGAGUAAUCCCAUCGCAAUAGAAAACAGAUAAGGAAAUAGGCGUACACAAAAGAAAAUUAUCAAUUUAUCGAGAUGUUAACACUAGAUAAGUUAUUGACUUAAUUAAGUAUAAUAUGAGUGUGUGAUGUGUGGUGGUAUUAGUGAUGUAGAGAAGAGAAUCUAGAAACUCGAGGCGUACGGACAUCCCUAAUCUCAAGAAAAAUAACAACACUUGACUCACUUGGCGCAGUGAUCUCAUCCCGGCAGGCUGACAGUCAAAUAUUCUCGUAGUUUUGUUGACAAUGGUCACCGGUCGAAUGUUUUGGAUACACACGGUGAACACAUGGGCCAGCGCACGCGCAGUGCCAGUUGUCGUACGUGAGACAGCUGUAGAGCGAUUUUUAGGUUAGGAUAACCUUCAUCACUGCACCACAAAAACAAGCACUUGUCUCCCGUUCAUACGUAUGUCAAAAAUUAAUGGAUUUGAUGACGUGGAGUUCCCCGCGUUUGAGAAAUCUCGAAUUAAUUUGGGGAGGGAAUAACUAGGGGCUUGUGAUAGCGUGUAAAUAAAUAGGGAGAAGGUUACGAAUGGAAAUAUCUAUUUUUUACAGUUAGUUGUGAAACAUACAGGGACCAAGGAAAAUGAGGAGAUCACAUUCGGGUGAGCGGGCGGGCUACAGCUAUGAGCCGCUACCCACCACGUCACGAAAUCUCCUCGAAGAUGAGAAUGAAAGACUGGAGGAUGAACUCAAGGAUAAAAUUCACGCCCUCAAGAGUUUGUCGAUAGACAUUGGGACUGAGGUGAAAUAUCAGGACAAAAUGCUGCGUGGCAUGGAUGAGGAUUUUGAGAGGACGAGUGGCUCACUUUCAUCAUCAGUCGCCAGGGUGAUUCGAAUGGCCAAAGCUGGUCACAACUACUACAUUCUCUAUUUAUUUUUGUUCUCUAUAUUUGUAUUUUUCGUUAUUUGGAUAGUUUUAAAGUUUAAGUGAAGAGUUAGUUUUCGUGUAAUGAGUCUUGAUCGUUUCGGAAAAGUGGUGAGUUGCCUUUGGAGGAGCGAGUGGGCCAAAUUCGACAAUUAUAACGUUUUGAUUAAUAAAUAACACCUUCUUCAAUGUUUUCAAUGAAUCAAGUAGCCACAUUCAUGCUGUAAUUUAAUAUCACCAGAGCGGAAAAUAAAUUCUUUCAUAUUGGA